AUGAAUAAAAAUAAUGUAGACUACAAUAACAAAAAUAGUAGUCACGUUAUUGCUCAAAUUGAAAAAGAGAUUAAAGUAGCGUUGGAAGAAAUACCUAAAUAUGAUGAUAUAGAUGUCAUUGAAAUAGAUUUGCCACCCAUUAAUGACAAAAAACAUGAGAAAAUUCUUGAAACUAUUCAUAAUAUUUUCCAAGCUGAAAGGAUCAAUGAUAGACUGUUCAUCAAAUUUGAUGUUAAUGGUAAUGAAUUUCGACCAGAUGUGGGGGGAUGGAAUCAAUGGUCAACUCGUCGGCACCUGUCAUUAAUGUGGCAUUCAAUAGGACUAAGGAUCGUGUCAAUGUCAUUAAACAAGAUUGAAUAUGUUCAGCCAUAUUGUCCAAACACUGAGUUUGUGUUAAUUGUUAUUACUUUUGGAAUAUCACCCUUUCAAGCAAAUCUAAACCCCGGGAUUAUAUCAGUUGCAGUAAUAUCACCAAGAACAGAUCAUCCUUCAAGAGCACCAUAUAUUGGUCAUUGGGCUGUAGGUGCGAUUUUUGAUGCAGUACAAUGGCACAAAAUGCGAUGGAAUGAGCACAUUAUUCUUGGGUGUGGGGCCAUAGAAAAUAAACAUAAACGUAAAGCCAGUAUUGAGGACACAGAAGUUUAUAUAAAGGAUCUCAUGAAGAAAAUAAGACUAUCAGAUUCUCCAAAUUGUAAAAAUAUAGAGCCAAACAACGUUGAUUAUGCCUUUGUUUUAGAUGUAGUUUAUUCUAUGCCAAAUGUGUUUGAUGAUGAAAAAGCAAGAAAGGAGGAAUUUAGGAGAUUAUUUAGAGAACAUUACAAGAUCACUUUUAAUGACUAUGCAGGUGAGAGGAUGACAACCGAUGGCACUUCCUUUAGUAAAGGAGGCAUGUAUAUGAUAAGUAAUCUAGAAGUGAAACCAGAAUCAGGUGUUGGAGGCUGCUGCCCCUAUAAUCAAGGCAAUGCAUACUAUGCAAAGUAUAUUGCAAAUCUUCCAAUACAAGAUAUUAUCAAAACUCAAUUACCAUGUUUUCUAUUAUACCUCGCAGGACCAUAUAUUGGCAUUGCUGGUGUAAUUUUUGGAGAAAAAUUUUUAUGUGACCCUCUAACACUGAUUUUACCAUUGUUUCAUCUCCCACAAUACUGA